AUGUGCACAUGGUCAUUGAUAGCGGGAAGAUUGCCUGGACGAACCGACAACGAAGUAAAGAUCCAUUGGGAAACUUACUUAAAGAAGAAACUCAUGAAAAUGGGAAUCGACCCAUCCAAUCAUCGUCUCUACCAUCACACCAACUACAACAUUUCCAGGCGAUUCCUCGAUUCCCCUCUUAAGGAACAUGAAACCAAUAUCAUUAGUGAUCAAUCUUCUUCGGUGUCCGAAUCAUGUGAUGAUAGCCGUUUGCCUGACCUCAACAUCGGUCUCAUCCCGAUGAAGACCAUGACUUCCUCGCCAGUUUGUUGCCUUCAAGACUCUAGCGAAUCCUCUAACUAUGGUUCAACAAGUCAAGAAACGCUUCUUCUUUUCCGAUGAAAAGAGAGUGUAAAGAGCUGUUCAACCUCGAGAUUAGUGGAUGAAAUCGAAUACCUAAGUGCUGCAUCCGAUUCACCGGUCCAAUUUGUACACCUCUUGCUAAAUAAAGUUAUAUCACAAAGGCAUAUAUUAUACUCCCUAUGUUUUUUUAUAUAUGAUGUUUAAGGUUUUGCACAUAAAUUAAGAAAUUAUUUAAUUUUCUCUUUUUCCAAAAUAAAACAUCAAUUCUAAAACAA